AUGGCUACAACCCUACAGGCCAUGUCACCGUCGCACCCAAGCUCAGUCGUUGUUGCUGCUCCAUCCUUCACCACAGCCACUCAAGUUAGCAGGCCUAACAGUCCCAAUACCAUCGGGGACGUAGCCGGGGGCCAGCUCACGCCCUGCCCUACGUGCCAACACCGUGAAAACGUCCCCGAAAUGGAGGUAGACCCCGAUGCCGCCCUCAAAGGGAAAAAAAGGAGGAGGCACCACAAGAGCCCCUCCCAGGACCCUCCCCCUCCUCCGCUGCCAGCACCUCCGCUCCUAAGACCGUGA